AUGGCGACGGUAGCAGGUGCUGUACAAGUGUCAAGGUCAGACCUUAAUGGAUCACCACAAUCAUCCCGAGCAUCUUCUCCGGAUCUGGAUACAUUGGAACGACUAGGCGCAAAUCUACAAUUCGAAGUAAUAGACAAUACGCCUCAGCCCCUGGAAACGACUGAAAACCAGGAAGAUGAAGAUGAAGAACUCGAAUUUCAACUGUUCGCUCCUACAAAAACCGCAACCGAUGCCUCUACUCCCGCUCCAGUCGCCCAGAAGAUUCGCAUUCGUUCACCCUCAGAAGAAGUCGGAGAACCAGGAAUCAUCGGUCCAGGACGUCCCUUGAGCUACUAUCAUCCCGGAAAGCCUGAUCCCGUCCGCGCUAAGGAAUUCGAAAUUGCAGCCGUGUCUGGUGCAGACGUGCUGGCCAUGUCUAAGCUAUCAUGUACUGGCUGUGCUUACCCUUGGAAAGUCAUCACUAUCCCAUCGUCACAAGCCAAAGCUGCCCUCGCAGCAGCGGCAACCCAGAAUCCCGCAGCCGAAGCCUUCCUACCAGACGUACCAAAGAAGCGCACCCGCCUGGGUAAGAAGGACAGGAUAAAGAAGAGACAGAAGCUGGCCACUCUCAAGGCAAAGAAGGAGGAAGAAAGCAAAUCAAAAGAAGAGAAGGAGAGACUUGAACGCGAAAAGAAGGCAAGAAGAAACAGAGAAAAGAAAUUCAAGAAGAGAGCAAGAGACAAGGCCAAGAAGGCUGCUGGCAAAGAGGGAGACAAUGCAGAUGAGAGUGAUGAUGGCUCCGAUGCUGAAAGCAAUCCAGAUGUCGACAUGGCAUCGUGA